AUCUUUAUGCAAAGCACGCAACAUAAAAGUCCCUAAAGUGGACUUGACAUCGUGAUUGGUGGAGGAUACUUAUUAAACGUCCUGUUUAAAAGUAUAAAGCGUUCAUAUUAUGCUAUUUACUAAAAUAAUCCAGUUAUAGCUAUCACAGUAGCAACAAUGUUUGGAUAUUCUUCAGUGUCAGCAGUUGUUUUUGUCACCGCAUUGUUCUGCUCACAAGCGAUUGAAGACCAACCAACGUUUUCAAAAUUUAAGUAUGACAAACAAAUGUUAGAGACAAUGGUUAGAAUGGAAGCAAAAAUUAGUCAGUGGGAUAAAGAAAGAAAAACUUUUGAGGAGAAUGUGCUUGCUAUAUUGGAACAUCGUAGAGAGGAAAUGCAAGAGAAAUUUUUGAAACAAGAUGAAAAACUGGAAAACAUGUCUGAAGACUACAAAGACAUCCGUGCUGACCUUAAAAACAUGACAUUGCAAAUGGAAAACAUACCUGGUUCUUCCAUGAGCACAACAAAGAUUGCAUUCCACGCAUACACAAAGUCCGGUGGAAGCUAUACUAAAAACCAACUCCUCAUUUUCCCAUACGUUUUGAUAAAUAUGGGUGAAGGAUAUGACAAAUCAACUGGAUUUUUUACAGCGCCUGUAACCGGUCUCUACCUGUUUAGUGCUCAUAUCUGUAAUGCAUCUUCACAUUAUAUGAUAAUUUCUAUUAUUCACGAAGAAGUUGUAAUCGCCAAAACUGAUGCGUUCGAAGGCGAUCAAACCACUUGCAGCUCAGUUAGUGCUCCGGUUUUGGUUAAGAUGGGUGGGAAAGUGUCUAUCAUGUCUUCCUAUGGUUCUUGCAAGCUGUACGCAGAUUAUGACUUCAGAUGGCCAUCAUUUGCUGGAGUACUACUUCAUGUGUAGGACAAUUUUUUAAUUGCUAAUUUUGCUAUGACUAUUUGACAUGUCUUUGAGCAGUGUAUACACGAAUGACACAUUGUUUAUGUUUGACAUUUUAAUCUUCACAAAAAUAUUGUAGUAAACGCUUUACAUAUCGAUAUAUAUUUCGCUUCAUUGUGUUAUAAUCCUAUUGCACUGAAAUUUAAGAUAACAUUAAAAUAAAUUGUAAAUUUG